AUAAAAGCCGGCGCGCUCCGGCACGCCGUUCGUCUUUCUUCGGUGGCGAUUCAAGUUCUGACUUGUGACACGACCAGUCAAUAUAAUCCUCACGAGCCAUCAUGGUGCAGAUAGUCGGCAAGUAUCAAUACGUGUCGGGCGAGAACUUCGAGGAUUACAUCAAGAGCCUCGGCAAGGCCGACCUCGCCGAUACGUUCCUGCAGGCCACGCCGGUCGUGGAGAUUCAACAGAACGGCGAGCAGUGGGUCGUCGUGGUCACCAGCCAGGGCAAGACAGUCACCGCUACCUUCAAGCCCGGAGAGGUUUACGACGAGCAGCUUCCAUCUCAAGGCCUCGUCUUCAAGAGCGUGACCACGAAGGAGGGCAACGGCUUCAAAACGGAGACCACUUUAUCCGCGGACCUCAAAGCGAUUCGAGUUUAUGAAUUCACCGACACCGGAAUGGUCGUGCAUCUAUCCUCCAACAAAAGCGACGUCAAAGCCAAGCGUACAUACAAGAGACUGUAAAGCCGGUUCCUAAUUUAAAUAGCAAUCUAUAUAACAUCGCAUUUUAUUAAAGAGAUUGAAAUGUAA